AUGACAACUGUCUUUUCAAGUCCCACUUAUACCGAGUGCGCCAGCAGGACCAAUAGUGCCUCUUUUGAUAGCAGGAAGAGAGAGAGACAGGCUCCAGUACGCAGCCGAGGCCGAGCUAGGGGCACUCGAGCUGAGAGUGGCCCUUCAGAGCCUAUUCUGAGUGAUAACGACGCUGAGACUAGUGAGGCUAGGGAGGCAGGGAGUCAACAUUUCGAGUCAUCAGAGAGUGGAGAUAAUGACGCUGGCUCGGGUUCUGAGAGUGGAGAUGCUGAUGCUGAGGAGGGGUCCAAGGCAGAGAGUGGAGACGGCUCUGGUUUAGACUCUGAUCUAGAUUCAGAUAGUUAUGCCGAUAGAGACAGUGCUGCAGAGUUCGCUCCUCCGAGGAAGAGGACGAAGAAGGCCUCUAGAUCCUGA